AUGCGGCGGGCGUGGUUGGGCGUCCGUGCCGGUGCCGCGAGCGCCCCACAGGCCUGCGCCUGUAUCGGCUGCACCCGAUGUACUCUUCGCCCGCGGUGCAGCGUUAGUCGUCCUCGUGCUUUUAGUGGCGCCGGUGCGGGUCUUGUGUCCCUCGCGGGCCGCCCCCGUGGCGCGCCGCUGGUUGCGUCCGCGCUGCUUGUGGCGCGGCGCGGCGCCGGCGUGGAGCUUCUCUCCUCGCUCGCCAAACUCGGGCAGAGCCGCGACCUGGCGGCGGACAUCAAGGCCGGCCGGCGGCGCAGCAACAAGGAGAUCGUCGCCUCCUUUGAGAAGAUCCAGACCUUCGACGAGAUCCACUACCGCAAGACCGACCGGCCCUGGGAGCUGGUGCCGAAGUACGCCAAGAAGCGGGUGUCGGACCUCUGCGGCCUCUUGACCUCGGAGCACCGCAUGGAGAUUGAGCAGACGAUCGACAAGAUGCAGGCGCUCUGCGAGGUCGACAUGUACGUGGUGCUGGUGCCGACCGUCGGCUACACCACCGUGAAGGCCUUCGCCAACUCCAUCAUGUUCGACUGGGGCAUAGGCGAGCCCGCGGGGAACGGGCUGCUGCUGCUUAUUGCCCAGCACGAGGCGAGCGUGCACCUCGUCGCGAGCCCUGCCAUUGAGGAGUACUUUGACAAGCAGUUUCUUGAGCCCGCGGUGCGGGAAAUAUUUCAACCGCUCGUGCAGGAGGGGAAGCCAAGCUACGCGACGGUGCAGCUCGUCUACGCCAUUGCACGACAGGCUCAGGAAAUGCGGCCAUUGUGGCAGCGCGGCCUACUUGCCAUGCCCACCCGCAACAAGGUCCGUUUCGCUGGCAAGACCCUCUCGUAUGGCCUCUACAUAGUUCCCUACCUUCUGUGGGGAUCCCUCUUCUUUCUCUUCUGCGGCGUGGCGCUGGUGAACCAGCUGCUGGACACGCUCUGCCCCAACUGCCACGGUCUGAUGUCCCGCGUGCGGGAUGACAAGACGAUGCAGGAUGUGAUGACGCACGGGCAGUACCUGGAGCACGUCAAUGGCUGUGCCUUUUACCGCGUGUGGAAGUGUCCACACUGCAAGGACGGUUGCCGGGUGGUGCUCACCUCGCGAGACCUGCACCAGAGCAACAGGUGCCUGCAGUGCAUGGACUGCCACUACUACACCUGCUCCCUGACGAAGGAGGUGCAGAAGCUGCCAACCAAGGACGAGGAUGGCAUCAAGCAGCUGCUCUACACCUGCGAGAACUGUCACGUGGGCCGCGAGGUUCUUCUGCCGCUGCUUCGCCCGCUAGAUACGAAACCGGAGGAGAACUGGUACGACUUCCUCAUUGACCGCUCGCAGACGCACAAGAAGACGGAGAUCAAGCUGUGA